AUGGACACUUCGGGGUCGCCCUUCAGCAGCAGCAGUGGGGACAAUGCUCCUUCUGCUGCGACGCCAGGCACUGCAGUGCCAUUCCCACUGAGCACCGGCGCGCGGCUGCAGGCACGCUGGCAGGACGGCACUUGGCAUCGCGCCGAGAUCAUCGAGACGCGGCCGACGUUGGGAGACUACUACGUGCACUACAUUGAUUUCAAUCGAAGGCUGGACGAGUGGGUCUCGCCCGAUCGUUUGGACUUUGCCACGGUCGAGUCGGCUGAAGCUGCCGCGAGCACUCCAAACGAGCUCGCUGGAACUGGCUUGGAAAGAUCGGCAAUCAUUGCAUCGAGUGCAGCAAUAGCCAUGACCGGAGGCAGCAGCGCCAUGGUGACCGUGAGCGCGGCUGGCACGACCAUACCCGCCAUUGCUCCAGAGCGGAAGAUGACACGAAACAUGCGCAAGCGAUUCAACGAGGAAAACCACAUUCCGAAGGCGCUAGAAGAAAUGGAUCCAACAACACGAGCGCUCGAGCGCGAGUACGAGGAGGUGACCAAAGUCAAAUUCAUCAACAAGAUUCACAUUGGCAGUUACGAAGUCGACACAUGGUACUUUUCGCCAUACCCAGACGAUUAUGGCAAGGUCGACAAGCUGUACAUCUGUGAAUGGUGCCUCAAGUAUAUGAAGUAUGCACGAACGCUUGCCAAGCAUCAGAGCGAAUGCAAGUGCCGCGAGCCACCAGGCAAGCAAAUUUACCAAUUCAAGACAAACUCCGUGUUCGAACUGGAUGGCAAAGUGUCCAAGAUCUAUUGUCAAAAUCUGUGCCUUCUCGCCAAGCUAUUCCUCGACCACAAAACCCUGUACUUUGAUGUCGAGCCAUUCCUCUUUUACAUUUUGACAGAAGAUGACGAGGAAGGGCGGCACGUUGUUGGCUACUUUUCAAAGGCAAGUCUCGUCUGGAUUAUUUCGCGAGGCUAUGGCAAGUUGUUAAUCGAGUUCAGUUACGAGCUCUCAAAGAUGGAAAAGAAGGUGGGAUCGCCCGAAAAGCCGCUGUCUGAUCUGGGCAACUUGGGCUACCGAAGUUACUGGGCGUUCAUUCUGCUGUCCAAGCUCAAGGAGCACAAGGGCAUGCUGUCCAUCAAGGAGCUCAGCAGGCUCACCAGCAUCACACACGACGACAUCAUCACCACGCUGCAGUCACUGGGCCUUGUGCGGUACUGGAAGGGCCAACACAUCAUUAGCGUGUCUCUCCGCGUCAUCGAAGAGCACUUUAAAUCACCGCAUCUCAAGCCACCGCCACUGCGAGUCGAGCCGAGUUGUUUUCGCUGGACGCCUCCUGAGCUUUCCAAAGAUGGUUGA